AUGAACAAACUCGCCUUCUUCACCGUACUCCUGUGCGCCUCCGCUUUGGUUUGCGCUAAACCCAAGAAAGAGGAAGAUGUCACCUCCGAAGAAGCCGUCAUGGAAAUCAAAAAAAUGGCUCAAUCCAUCCGCGCAAAAUACAACACCACCAUCCUGCUCGACCUCCUCAAAUUGGCCGAUAAAGUAAACGAAAAAUGCCCCCACUUGGAGGACAAACUGGACAGCGUAGGAGAAAAAGUAAGCGCUUGCAUCGAAAACAUCGAAUUGGGCUCUAAGACCAUCUGCACGUUGGUCAAAGAGAAUUUCAUGCAAUGCUUCAAACCCGUCAGGGACGUGAUGGUGUCCUGCAUGCCCGAAGAGUCCAAGGACCUUCCAGUAAUGGUUGGAAAAGUCAUCGUUGCCUUGGUUAACACAGCUUGUCAAUCAACUGUUGAAGAAGUUUUAGAAUUGUUCAACCCCUGCCAGAUGCAAGCUAUGCACCACGAGAACUUCUCGAAGACUCCUGCUUGCAAGCAAGUGAAAACCGCCAUCGUUCAGCACAAGAACAAACUUCCCAGCAACUCUCUUAUCUGCGAGAUCUUGCCCAAGAUGCACACCUGCGAGGAAGCUGUUAUGCAACAGGUCUGCAAGAACUCCGUGACCAGAAACAUUGUCACUAAAUUCCACAAUGCCGUGGAAAACUCUUUGAAAACCGAAUGCGAUGCU